AUGGGUCUAUGCAUAAUAUGGUUUAUCAUUACUGUUUGCAUGACUUGCUUUGGAUACACACCUAUCAGAGCCGCAUAUGAUUUAGCUCUUAGAAUUCAGCCCACUACACGUUGUAUUCCAUAUGGAGAGAUAGUUCUUGGCUUUGAACUACCUAAUGCACUUCUAGACGUUGUUAUUCUUGCCCUACCUUUUUUCGUCAUCAAAGACCUUCAUGUACCUGUACGGAAGAAGGUACUUCUAUUCUUGGUAUUUUGGUUUGGUGGAUUUUUCUGGAUUUUCCACAGCGAAUGA